CUAGUCUAAUUAGGUGAAAGUCUAUAUACUAUGAUCUAUCUAAGAUAAGUUUGCAUGAAAAAUUAUUUGAUACUGUACGUAAUAACCAAUAAUUAUGGCCAUGCAGCUUUGAUUGUGAUUGUUAAAUAUUGCAGAUUCUCUGCCAUUGGCAGACCAGACUGACGAGGAGUUUGUUGACAUGUCUGCAGCUUCAAGAGAAAUUCCAGAAGACACAGUCAUGAUGGAUGAAGCAAGUGGACUCGAAGAUGACCCAGAGACAGAGUUGGACACAUCUGGUUGUAGUGAUGAUGAUGAGGAUGGUCAAGCAGCACAACACUGGGAUGAAGCAGAAGAGGAACUGGAAAGGGACAUUACCAGCAGAGACCAGAGAAAACAACACAACAAAACAAAGUGGUUCAAGAAAACAAAUGCAGAUCUUGGUUACCUCCACCCGAUCACUGUUUGGCAGAAACGAGUGCAGAAUGAUGGCCCUGCAUCCUACAUACCGAUUCAGAGGAUACUGGGAAAGUGUGCUUGGACCAUCAAGAAACAUGGUGUUCAAAAUUUCAUUGUUGUGUCGCCAUUACCACGCCAUGUGUUUUCUUAAAAACAGUGAAGUGAAAAUCAUUCAGAUUAAUUUGGAUUAAUUUCAUUCUUGUGAGUAUUCUAAAUUGGAAAAGGAAUCAAACCAGAGAUAAAAUAUUAAUAACUUUAUUGUAUCACUGAAAUGAGGAUUAAGGUAUGUAAAUAUUGUGUACAUAUAUGUAAAUAAAUCACAGGACAUAUUGCUAAAUAUAUCCACUUUCAGUCUCCCUGCAACUCUGUUGUUGCACUAUUUUCUGUACUUCCAUCGUUACAAUGCUUUGUUUUAGUGCAGAUUUUAGAGUGGUGAGGGAUAUGGAUGUAUUUGUAAAAUGUGAUAACUUAAAUUUGUUGAGUCUUAAUAGUGUUAACAAAUUUAACUGUAUAUCGUUGUAUGUUAUUUUUAGUUGGCUUCGAAAUAAGUUUAUAUCUAGUUACAUGUAACUUAUAACCUUUAGGUAUAGUGCUUUUAACUAUGUAAUUUUUUCUAGUCUUAGUUUUGAAGUAUUUUACUGACAAUUUCAAGUCAGGUGUGUAACAUUUUUAUUAUGAGUCUAUAUUGUAAUUGCAUUUAAAUUAAUUAACAUGAUCUAGUCCAUCAAAUCCAUUAUACUGAUUGAACAUGAAAGUUUAUUACCAUAUAAGAAACAAUUUUUAUUGGUGAGCUCAGCAUAUCGAAAGUUUUUUAUUUUUCUCUUUAGACUAAUUAGUACGUUAUUUAAACUAAAAAUAAGUAUUGGGACCUUUAUCAUUGUAAUGGCAUUAUGGCUUAAUUUAUGGCAUUAUCUGAAUAAUCUUGAACACAAAUUCAAGAAGUUUUUCUGAAAUUUUAACGUUAGCACAAAAACCAUCCUUUGAAGUUCCGUAUACAUAAUGAUUUAAUAUUAGUUAUGAAGAGUUAGGUACACAAGAGAAGAUAUGUUUAGUAACAAUAAUCGAAUAAAGAAUUUUUGUCAGCAAAAAUAUAUAAUCAACAUUCAAGUUAAGACAAUGAGUCAGAUGAAGGUAAACAAUUUUCUAAGGAACCAUGAUAUUGAAUAAAAAAAAAAAGGCUCUUGAAAAAGGAGGCCUCCACGUGGCAAGAGCUGGGCAACUGUAUCAUAUUUUUCAAUCUAUCAUCAUGAUCAUUAUCAGUUUAAUAUAUAUAAUUCAUUAUUGCUCUGAUAGAUUUGAACGAUACUGGCAAACAUCCUUUUUUGAAUCCUUCACAUUUAGAUUUUUUUAAUAUUUUGUUUAAUGUGUGUCAGAAGCUUUAAAUGUGCAAAGGACUUCUAGAAUUUAUGAAUUUUAUAUUUUCAUCAUUUCUCAUAUUCUGUUAUGUCAAUAUGCUAUAAAAACCAAUAACAGAUGUGAAAUGAGUCCAUGUAUCAAUGACUUAUUUGUUAAAUUAGUAGGAUCAUAUUAAAUAUCUAAAAUGUAUAAUUGAAUUUUUUCCUUUUAUUUAAACACUUAAUGGAGCAAACAGAACAA